AACCGGAUCAACUAUUCAAGUUGACAUUCUCUCUCUAAACCAAACCAGAAAGAAAUCGUAUAUUAUCCAGGUAGUUAAUCCAUGAUUUUCCACUAUUUACCGCAUCAGAUCUUUCGAAUUUUUUUAGUUGUACCCAAUUGAACUCUGCGUUUGAUUUCGCAUCCAUUGUUGUUGAUUUAAUUCAAAAUAGUUGUGAAAGGGUUUCAGUUCAUGCAUUAAAGAAUGAACACAGUUCUUAAACAGAGACCAUCUUAAACCGACAUGCUUAAGGUCCCCGAUCAUCAGGUUGCCGGACACGAAGCUGGGCUCGGGAAGCUCGGCCCGCUCAUUGACGAUUCGGGCCGGUUUUACAAACCUCUGCAGGGUGAUAAUCGUGGGUCUGAAGAGGUAGCCUUUUACGAAUCAUUUUCUUCCAACUCUCAUAUUCCAGAACACAUACGCAAAUUCUUCCCUAUGUAUUACGGCACCAAAAUCAUGAAGGCGUCUACUGGCGUUGACCACCCUCACAUGGUGUUGCAAGAUCUUACAUCCGCUCGUGUCAACCCGUCUGUGAUGGACAUCAAAAUCGGGUCCAGAACGUGGGCCCCGGAUGCUUCUGAAGCAUACAUUGCAAAAUGUUUAAAAAAGGAUAGAGAAAGCACAAGUAUUCCGUUGGGAUUCAGGUUAUCCGGGCUGCAAGUUUAUAUCGAUGAUGAAUCAAGGUUUUAUAAACCUGAUAGAAAUUAUAUACGUAAAACCGGCCCGGAUGAUGUUAGACUACUUCUUAGGAAAUUUGUUUCUUCUAACCCAUCCGCAGAUAUGGAAAUGGGCACGGGCUCGGGCCCAGGCCCAGAUUGCUCUUUAGCAUCUUCUGUUUAUGAUGGGCCUAAUGGGAUUUUGGCUCAACUGUUGGAAUUGAAGGCAUGGUUUGAAGAUCAAACAUUUUACCACUUCUAUGCUUGUUCUUUUCUUUUCGUAUAUGAAAAGAGGUUGGGGUUAAAAGGUGCUUUGUCAAACGCAGAAGUCAAACUUAUCGAUUUUGCACAUGUUACAGAUGGUAAUGGUGUUAUUGAUCACAAUUUCUUGGGUGGCUUGUGUUCUUUGACAAAGUUCAUUUCCGACAUACUUACAGAGAUAAAAGACUGUACUGGUACAAACGGCCAGGUUGAACUUUGAAACUCUCUUAUUGUUGCUUUUUUUUUUUUAAGAAUUUAUGAUGACAGUGUGUAUAAUUUCAAAUUUAUUCGCUUACUGAAUCGCAUCUUGAAAUUGUGUAUUCGUCUUUUAGUUUACCAUUUACUUAUAAAUGAGUCUAUUUGUUGAAA